AUGUUCGUUCUGUUUUUGCUGGGCAUAGCCUCUCUGGUCCAGACAGAGCCGACGGCAUUCUGUUAUAAAUGUAAAAACUAUCAUCUUGGAUUUUGCUAUGAUGGCAUGACGUCCUGCAACCUGCAGUACCAACAGUCCUGCGCUACUGAGAACAUUUACAUCCUUUCAAGAAAAGGGCGGAGUCUGUACUUUUAUUCAAAACUGUCAUGUAUGACCAACUGUGAGGACGUCAACUUCUUGGGUUUUGACAAGAGGACAGAGCUAAUCUGUUGCAAACAUAGCAACUAUUGCAACCUCCCCAACGGAACCUAG